UGCUCAUGAAGUGAGAUCGGGAACAAACCCAGCCCAGAAGGCAGAAGCAGGAAGGCGUCCGGGGAGGGAAUGAGUUAAACUGAAGGGUAGGGAGCCGGAGCUAGAAGUGGGGUGGGCCAGGUGAGGGAGAGGUGCUAAGCAUGGGUCAGAGGUGGGAGGUGUGAAAGAUCGAGAGAGAUAGAGGGGAGGGCUGGGACAGGAAAGUGCGUGUGACAGAGCAAGAGGAUGCUCCUUGAUAGAAGAUGGACGAGAUGGUUGUAAAACAGGGGUUAUUGUACCUCCAGCAGCAGCAAACCUUCGGGAAGAAAUGGAAGAAGUUCUGGGCAGUGCUGUACCGGGAGAGCGCCUGCUCCUGCGCCCACCUGGAGCUCUUUGAGGGCUCCGGGCCUCCCACUUCCGAGAAGCCCAAGAAGGCUGAGAGUGGCAAGAAGCUCAUCAAGUUGAGUAACUGUGUGCAUGUGGCUGAGGCUAAUGGGGACACCAGCAGCCCCAAGGAUACUGUCCCCUUCAUCCUGGAGACCACGGACAAGCGCUACCUGCUGGCAGCUGAAAGCACCGAGGUGGCCAACUGGGUCCUCACCCUCUGCGAUCUGGCCUUCGCGAGGAGCAAGGAUGAACGGAAGGCAGCAGUGGGGAAGGACAGCCACCCAGUUUCGCUAUCCAUGGAGGAGAACUCCCUGUACAGCUCCAGGGCCAAAGCUGCGGCCACUAAGGAGUUCCAAGUGACCGUGAGGGCCACGGAGGCCUCCGAGCGCUGCCGCCUCUGGGGCAGCUUCAUCCUCCGAGCUGAGGAGGAGGCCCUGGAGCUUCAGGACUUGAAGACGGGGGGCGUGCUCUAUACCUGGCCGUAUAAGUUCCUGCGGAGAUUUGGACGGGAUAAGGUGACCUUCUCCUUCGAAGCCGGUCGAAGAUGCACCUCUGGAGAAGGCAACUUUGAGUUUGAGACCACGCAGGGCAACGAGAUCUUCCAGGUCAUUGAGUCAGCCAUCAACGUGCAGAGGGGCCUUGGGGCAGAAGAGCCGCGGUGGGUCGGCCCUGCUGACGAUGCCCUCAGGGUUCCCGUUCCUGUGAGGACCGUGAGCCGAGCCAGAGAUGGCGAGGAGAGGGUCUCAACUGGGGGAUCCCUGCUGCACCACAUGGCCAGCACCAAAUGCCUCUCCCUGGAGUCUAGCUUGGAGGGGAAGCCAGCCAAAGGCAAAUCAGUGAAGCCCACCAACAGCUUCCCCCUGUCCGGGGAGCCCACAAGCAGUUUCAUGUCCCCUGCUGACUCCGAGUUGCCCUACGCGGAGCCACGUGACUCCCUACGGCUGCCCCUGCAGGGCAGAGCCAAGACUCUGCAGCAGCCGAGGAAGGUGGUGGCUCAGGCAAAAGAGACACCUGAGUCUGAAUAUGCCGUGCCCUUCGACACCAUCGCCAAGUCCCUGAUGGCCACAGAGUUUGGCAGCUUUCUCUGCGGCUUUGAGGAGCCAGUGGUCCCGUACCCCCUGUAUGACAGCAUAGAUGAAGCGGGCGUGAGGAAGCAGAGCCAGCCACCCACUCAGACCAAGCCAGAGCACAUUUAUGAUGAGCCCGAGGGCCUGUCUGCCCACACCGUGUACGAUGAGCCUGAGGAGGUCAAAGGGGAGGCCUGGAAGCUGCAGGCCACUGCAGAGGACCCAGUGGGUCACGAGUACCCCUACAACUCCCAGCGGGAUGACUACUCUGUGCCCAAGAUGGCAGUGCCCACCUUGUACCCGCUCACCAGACAAGGGGGAGACUGGAUUGGGGAAACUGAAUACGACAAUGUGGCCCUGAGGUUCAUGAACAAGAAGAAGAAUGUGCAGUAAAAGGGAGGAGAGAGAAGAGGAGAGAGAACAAGAGAAAGGACUGCCAUUCCACUUGAGCCCGGGUAGUGCCAGCUCUCUAGCCCUGGAGAUGGCCGGAGUGGACAUUUCCAAGAGCCUUUGCUCUUCAGCUGUCCCUUAGAGUGAAAGCUGAGUCUGUCAAACUCAUCUCACUAGUGACUGAAAGCCUGUUCGGGCCUGGCUGUCCAGGACGGGGGGACAAUAGAAUUCAAGUGCCCUCUCCCUUAGCCUAGGCUGUAUAGAUUUAGGGCAGGGGUCAUGCAUUGCUGUGUAUUGUGUGCCAGCACUCAGCACGGUGAUGGCAGUUAAUAUAGAGAGUACUAAUAAUGCUGUCCCAAGGGUCUGCGUUUCUCUCCCGUCCCCAGAAGAUAUUCCUGGGCAUCUCUAUUAAAAACAGCAUUUAAAUCA